CCUCUCCAUCCUCUCUCUCUCUCUCUCUCUCUCUCAAAACAAAAGACAGAAUCUCUCAAAUUUUCAUCAGCAAGCAUCAGAUGGCUCUGCAAGCUCUCAACUCGCCAACACACGCCGGAUCGUCUCCUUUCCAGCUCGAGACCAAGACCUCGAGCUUCAGCUAUGUCGAGCCGUGGACCAAACGCAAGCGUUCCAAGCGUCCACGCCUCGACACCCCUCAUACCGAGGAGGAGUACCUCGCUCUCUGCCUCAUCAUGCUCGCCCGCGGUAAUAGAGAUGGAGACCUCGCCGCUACCACAGCCACUAAAGCAACAGCCUCCGCUGCCUCACACCAGAUCAUCACUCAAUCCCCUUCUAUGGAGCUCUCCACGUCAACAGCGCCGCCGGCUAACCUGAGCUACAAGUGCUCUGUUUGCGACAAGAGCUUCUCUUCUUACCAGGCCCUCGGAGGACACAAGGCCAGCCACCGAAAAGGCUCUGCUGCCGGAUCGGCCGUCGAGGGCCCGUCCACGUCCUCAAACACCACAAACUCCGCCACCACCACCGCCAUCCCUUCGGGAAGGUCCCACGAGUGCUCCAUAUGCCACAAGUCUUUCCCCACCGGUCAAGCCUUGGGCGGCCACAAGCGCUGCCACUACGAUGGCGGCGCCGCAGGAUCCACCGCUACCACAAGCGCUAUAACUUCCUCUGAGGGAGUCGGGUCAACUUCUCACGCGGUCAGCCACGGCCACCCCCGAGAGACGUUUGACCUGAACCUGCCGGCGCUGCCCGAGUUCUCCCGCGACUUCUUCGUCUCCGGUGAGGAGGAGGUGGAGAGCCCCCACCCGACGAACAAGCCCAGGCUUCUGCUGAUAGUGAAGCCCAAAAUGGAGAUUCCACAGGACCAACAAAAUUAGGACGACGAUUCAGACCGACUCUGCGAAUCAGUUCCCGUAGGCAUUAAAUUAGGACUUAAAUAUUUGAAUUAAUAUUCGGCGUGUAAUUUUCUUUAGUGGAUUUGGAUUAUUUUAUUCAUGUAUAAACAUGCUGUGGAAGUAAUUGGAAUA